AUGGCGGAAUAUGAUGGAAACAGCCUAUCUAGCCCAGUCGUUUCCGAACAUGGAGAAAAGCGUACAAGAACGUUUACACAUAAAGGUUUCCAGAACACGCUUAUAAACCAGACAAAAACAUUUAAUAAACAAACGAAAGUAUUACGGGUUGCGAUUGACCUGGUAUACAAAGCGAUAGAGGAGAAUUCAGCGAUAAAGGAAGCCCUAGACUCGCUCGAAAAAGAGAGACGAAUGCUCGUAAAUUCUGUUAAAAGUCUCGAAGAACUCUUUGCACAGGACAAGUGGGGUGAAACAACUGACGUGGAACCAACCAUCAAAAAAGCCUUCGAAAGUUUCCUACACGCAGCUGAGGUCGUUUCGCAAGAGGCAGGAAAGAAACUUGACAAUAAUAAAAGCAGAGUCGCGAACACGUCCUCCGUAAGGUCCAGAAGAUCGAGAACUUCGGUGAAAACUGGAUCUACACGUUCAUCACUUCAUUCAGAAAGAAGAAUAGCAAUGGCGGAAGCAGCUGCCGCGAAAGAGCAAGCGGAGUACGACAGAUUAAUUGCUCAAAUGGAGAAAGAUCGGAAACAACGCGAAGCCCAAGAGGUGCUAGAGAGAUCAGCAGCACAAGCCCGACAUGAACAUGAUAUAGCAGUUUUUGCAGCCCGGAAAUUGGAAGCAGUAGCUCAAGCGAAGCUCGAAGCCAUUGAAAGAUCCAUAAUCCAGGAGGAAGACGAUUCGUAUUCUGGGAAAUCAAGUCGGAAAGCCAGCGUAGAACCUUUGGAGCGCACCAAAGCUUGGGUAGAGAGCCAACCUCCCUUUGAAGGUGAUGUGGUGAGAAAGAUUAAACGAGAAGUUAACGAUGAGUUCAAUCAGACUUUACCCCAUCCCAUCGGACACCGAUCGGAAAGACACCACAUAUAUGAAACACAAGAACCCAGUCGCGUAGUUCAACAACGUAUGGGAGCGAUAGCUACGACCAACGAGAAGCUAACUGCAAGUCUGGCAAAGUUGAGUUUGCCGAAAUGUCACCCAGAUGUAUUUUCUGGAGACGCUACGAUGUUCCAUCCUUGGAAAAGCGCAUUUAAAGGAAUGACAGAAAGUUGCAACGUCACCCCAGAGAACGAAAUGAACUAUCUAUGCAUGUAUACAACCGGCGAGCCACGAAAGUUGGUGAACAGUUAUCGGAAAAGACGUCAUAAAAACCUUGAGAAACUGUUGAUGGAACUAUGGAUGGAAUUGGAAAAGCGUUUCGGCAACGUCGCAGUAAUUACAAACGCAUUUCUUACAAGACUUCGAGAAUCAGCCAGAUUUGGAGAAUGUGAUAAGAAGAAACUCCAAGCAUUCUCAGAUCUGUGCUCGGACGUGGUUUCGCAAGUUAGUCAACUUCCUGGCUUAGCAUGCCUCAACUAUCCAAACGCCAUUCGACCCAUCCUCUAUAACUUACCAGAAUCCCUUCGCAACAGAUGGGACAAGCAAGUCGUUGAAUUCACUCUGAAAAACAAAGACGCUUAUCCUGAUUUUACCGUGUUUGCCUCCAUGAUCGAGAAACAGUCCCUACUCAAGAAUCACCCAAACGUGACAGCUUUCGAGAAACGAGGAAAGGGAGAUCGGAGAAAGCCUUUUAUACCACCACUUAUCCCACCAGAGGACCCCCUGCAUACGGUCUUGGCGGGAGAAACUAAAACAGAAGAUGAAGAAGUUAAAGAAAAACACUGCCCGUUCCACAAAUGCAUCGGACAUACGUUGUCAGAGUGUAAAUCUUUCGCUCAAAAAAACCUGGAGGAGAAAACGCAAUGGAUCAAAGAGGAAAAGUUAUGUUUCCGAUGCUUGGUUGCAGGACACAUAGCCAAUCAAUGUAAAUCGAAAGUCAAAUGCGGGAAGUGUAGCAGUGAACGUUACCCAACGCUUCUUCACAAGGAGAAAUGGAACAAUGAUGCCCGAAGCAAAGAAAUAACAUCCGCGCGAAUGAGUAUUGGUUGCAACGCCGACAGAAACGUUUGCUGUAGCAAGGUUGCCCUGCUUGACAUGUUCCAUUCAGACAGACCGCAGAAGAAGAGUUUACACCAUUGUAGAUGAGCAAAGUAACACGUCUAUGAUUAGCCCGGAAUUAGCUGACGGCCUUGGUAUAUCAGGACCAAAGGAGAAAUACCUGCUGUCAACAUGUAGUGGCUCGAAAGAAACAAGGUUUGGUCGACGGGUCCCGGGUUUGAUGGUCACACCAGUUAAAGGAAAACCACUGGAGCUACCCACACUGAUCGAAUGUGAUAACAUCCCCAAAGAUAAGAGUGAAAUCCCCUCACCAGAGUUUGCCAUGAAGUAUACCCACCUUCUCUCCAUUGCUGAUGAAAUUCCCUCGUUGGACAGUAGAGCAGAAGUUCAGCUCUUAAUUGGUCGAAAUGCGCCAGAACUGUUGAAAGUGAGAGCAUUCUGCAACGGUCCUAAUGGAACUCUGUGGGCACACAAACUAGCUGUUGGUUGGACGAUAUGCGGACAAGCCUGCGUCGAUCGUCAAGGAGGACCAAUUCAUGUCGGUACCCACCGUACAAUUUACUACGACCCACCGAGACAGACACAUUUCGAACAAGAUGAUGUGAGCACUUUGCAACGUGAUGCCAAACCCAAGCAAGAUAAAGUAACACAAGAGAGAUCUCAUACCAUGAGUUGACACCCUGCACAAAUAACUACGUUGUACAAGAGAACUUCCCCGACAUGUACCAAGCAACAGAUCGCGACAACGAAACCACCAUGUCAAUAGAAGACCAACGCUUCAUUCAAAUAAUGGAAUCCAAUAUCCACAAAAAUCAAACAGGACAUUGGGAGAUGCCACUACCCCUCCGAUCUAACGACAUACACGUUCCUGACAACAGAGAUCAAGCUUCAACUCGUCUCAAAAACCUUCUGCAUUCAUUCAAGAGGAAUCCAAUGGAGCAAGACUACUUCAACUUUAUGGCAAAACUGUUUGAAUGCGGUCAUGCCGUACCAAUACCAAUUGAAGCCACUCCCCCAAAAGAAACUGGGAAAAUUUGGUACCUACCACAUUUUGGCGUAUACCAUCCUCGUAAACCAAAUAAGAUCCAAGUUGUAUUCGACUCCUCAGCAGAGUUCAAAGGAACAUCUCUUAAUAAGGAACUGUUGUCAGGUCCAGAUAUGCACAAUGGUCUUCAGGGGAAUACUGGUCAGAUUCAGAAGAAAUGCCGUUGGUGUGAUGUGUGAUAUAGAGCAAAUGUUCCACAACUUCCAUGUCCACCCACCACAUAGAGAUCCAUUGCGGUUCCUGUGGUUCGCUGAUAACGUCAAAGAAAAAGAUAUCAUCGUCUACCAAAUGGUGGUGCACUUGUUUGGCAACAUGUCAAGUCCCGCUGUAGCAACGUUUGGCCUUAGGAAAACCGCAGAAGAAGGAGAGAAAGAGUUUGGUCAAGACGCCAAAGACUUUGUCGUUGAAGACUUCUACGUAGAUGACGGUCUGACAUCACAUGAUACCGCGGAAGGAACUGUGUCUCAUUAAGAACACUCAAGCAAUGCUCGCAACUGCAAAUCUGAGACUUCAUAAGAUUGCAUCCAAUUCCGUCGAAGUCAUGAAAUCAUUUCCAGAUCAAGACCGAGUCAAAAGCCUCAAAGAUCUACACAUCGAACAAGGCCCACUUCUGUCACAACGGUCGUUAGGAGUAAUGUGGGAUUUGGAGAAGGAUGCUUUCGCAUUUCAAAUUACAUUGCCGGAGAAACCGUAUACUCGUAGAGGCAUGUUAUCUGUCGUUAACUCAAUUUAUGACCCAUUGGGAUUCGCAAUUCCAGUCACCCUACAAGGACGAUUGCUGCUUCGGGAUCUCGUCAAAAUGGGGAAUGAAAGAUGGGGAGACAAAGCAUCUCUCGGAUGGGACGAUCCUCCUCCACAACCACUACAAAAUCGAUGGAGCAGCUGGAGAGAUUCAUUAUUUGACUUAGAAGAUAUUCGAAUCCCAAGAUGUUAUCGUCCAGAAACAUUUGGGGAAACGAAAAGAUCAGAAAUUCACGCGUUCUCGGAUGCCAGUGAUAAAGCAAUCGGUACUGCGGUCUUCCUUAAGCAAGAAAACUACACGGGAGAAGUAAAUGUUUCACUUCUGUUUGCACAAGCACGAUUAUCUCCAAAACAAGCAACGACUAUCCCAAGGCUCGAACUUUGUGCAGCAGUGCUAUCGGACCAAGCAGUGAAGUGGAUAACUUGUGAACUGCGAUUGAAUAUUGAUGAAACUGUAUUCUACACCGAUUUCAGAGUGGUGUUAGGCUAUAUUCAGAACGAGAGCCGACGCUUCUACGUGUACGUAGCGAACAGGGUCCAGAUCAUUUCCAGCAUUUCAGAUCCUUCACAGUGGAAAUACGUGGAAACGACCCAUAACCCCGCAGACUCGUGGCAUCUUCAUGGUUCAAUGGUCCGGAAUUUCUGCGAAAUGACCACUCUUCCCCAACGACAAAUGAUCACAAACUCAAGUAUUAUGAGCGACGAUCCCGAAGUUCGUCCCGAAGUUUCAACUUACUUGUCCGAGGUUCAACUAAUUGAAAGUCUGGGAUCGGAAAGAUUCAAUCGCUUCUCAAGGUGGACUACACUUCGCAGAGCUCUAGCCAAUUUGAUUGUUAAAGCAAAACAAGUUAAAGCCCGACGGCGAGGAGGAAAUUUGUCAACACCCAACACUAGGCGUACCCGUAGCAAUCCACCGAACGCUCCAACCUCAAAGCAUUCUCUCACAAAUCCUUCUGCUAAGGAACUGAACCAAGCUGAAAACUUGAUGAUGAAGACUGCGCAAGUGGAUACGUUCACUCCCGAGAUUAGGAUAAUACAACAAUCGAAGUCAUUGAAGAAGUCACGCUUAUACAGCCUCGACCCUUUCAUCGAUAAUAACGGAGUACUUCGAGUCGGUGGUCGCCUACGACAAGCCGAACAACUAUUUGAAGAGAAACAUCCAGCUAUCCUUCCUAGAGAUUGUCACUUGGCGAAUUUAGCAAUUGAGCACUUUCACGAAACCGUCCACCACCAAAGCAGACAUAUUACGUAUGGGAAAAUCCGUCAAGCAGGGAUAUGGGUAAUCGGAGCAAACCGGAUGAUUUCAAAGAGAAUCAAGUGAUGUGUUACUUGUUGGAGAUUGCAAGGGAAGCUAUUAACGCAACACAUGGCCAACCUACCACGCGAAAGAUUGGAAACGCCACCACCGUUUACCAACAUAGGGUUCGACCUGUUCGGGCUCUGGACUAUCCAAACACGAAAACUAAGAGGAGGAGCAGUCAACGCAAAACGUUGGGGACUGAUAUUUACGUGUUUAAAUUGCAGAGCCGUUCAUAUCGAGGUGUUGGAAACGAUGGAGACGAGCUCGGUUAUCUGUGCCCUUAGAUGAUUCUUCGCUUUAUGCGGCCCAUCACUUCUUCUGCGAUGUGAUCAAGGUACUAACUUCAUUGGAGGAAAAUCUGAAUUAGAUCAAGCUCUGAGCGCGAUGAACCAGAAGGCUAUCACGAAAUAUGUUACGGAACAAAACUGUGAGUGGAUAUUUAACCCUCCCCAUGCCUCGCAUUUCGGUGGGGUUUGGGAAAGGCAAAUCGGCACGGCUAGACAAGUACUAGACGCAAUGUUCCUGGAACUCGGAAGUCCACAACUGACACACGAGCUAUUGGUUACCCUUAUGGCUGAAAUUACUGGAAUAAUCAACUCGCGUCCUAUCGUUGUCGUACCAUCCGAUAUCGAUCAACCCCAGCCACUUACACCUAAUAUGCUGUUAACUAUGAAGACCCGACCUCUUCUACCACCACCGGGCGUGUUCACACCGGAAGAUGUCUAUUCACGUCGUCAUUGGGGAAGAUCACAAUAUCUAGCUGAUCAAUUCUGGACAUGUUGGAAACGAGAAUAUCUUCAAUCUCAGCAGAAAAGAACAAAAUGGAACGAACGACAGCCAAAUUUAAGAGAAGGGGAUAUUGUCAUCAUGAAGGAGCAAAGCCCACGUAAUCAAUGGCCCCUUGGUAGAGUCGUGGAAGUGAUACUCAGCGAAGACGGGAAGGUCAGAAAGGCAAAAAUUGCCAUUUCAAGAGACAGAGAGAAAAAGGUCUAUUAUAGACCAAUUAAUGAACUUGUUCCUAUAAUACAUGCCUAAUAGGUGAGUAUCUUAUAUGUUUAAUUAAGAUAAUAGCAGCAAGGACGAUAUUCACGUCCUUGGGCGAGGAGUUUGAGUUUCUCGCUGUCUGAGUUUACGAAAUAAGCGAGAAACGGGUUUCUCAUGCUGGGGUGCCCUGUGUUAGGUCACAUGAGUUGUAUAAAGUCACGUGAUAAGUGACUUUGGCAUCUUUUAGUUUUUUGCACAUCGUAUGCAGUUAUAUUUUUUAGCAGUGCCUUUAUUUCGUAUAUAUUUGCAUAAAAAUUAAUCGGAAGUACAUUGGUAGUGAUGGGGAGUAAACGAGUUGCUGCCCUUCGACGCUUGGAAGCACACAACGCCAGUCCAGGGGAAUCUAAUCGUCGCGAGAGAGAGUCACAUAGUUCCCGCCAUACUCAUAGUCAACAUGAGUCAGCUCGUUCACCUUCGAAUAGUCGUGAUCGCGAGGACCGUUUAACGUCAAAGAGACGCUCGGAAGAAAGACCACGGUCACAAGAAAGUCGGGACGAAGCGCCUAGUUGGGCAAAGGAAUUGCUGGCCCUAAAUAAGGAUACUGAUCGCCGCCUAAAAUCGCUUGAAGGCGAGGUCAAAGAAAACGGGAAACGUGUUAGUCGAAAGCGGGAACGCUCGCCAGUUCCAGAUUUUAAAUACAAGCGAAAUCGCACACAAUACGAGUUCAACAGUAAGGUAUUAAAUACGAUUGAAACUGCGCUCGAGGCGUCAGACGAUGAGGAACGCGAUCAAGCUUUAACCGAAGGUAAGACUCUUAUUUGUGAAAGGAAUAAGCACAUAAAAUUAGCAGAGAAAUUCGGGUGGGAAACGGUAGAGUGCUAUGUUGACGAGCCCUUAGCGAGCGAUUCGGAGGACGAGAAACGCAUACGGCGCGCUAUAAAAGAGGGUAAGGCGUUGAAAGAGGAGAAAAGAAAGUCCCUGAAGUUUACAAAAACUUCGUCUACGGCUUCACGCGUUUUCUCGACCGACGCGAAUCGAACGGAAUCGAGUAAUCGUAUUAUUCUGAAGAAAUCAGGCGGUACAAGUUUCGCACGUGACGGGAAUUGUUUUCGCUGCGGGCGUCCAGGACACCUUGCCCGGUUUUGUAAAAACAACAUCGGAAGUCCAAACCCAGCUAAAAACAAUUAGUAGGGAUGUAUCCCCGGAAACAGACAGUCAUAUUAACAGUAAUAGCAAUUUUAAAAACGAUAUCGAUGAAUUACAGUUGGCUUGUUUAAAUAAACGUUUUGACAAUGACCAAUUGGUCGCUGACGUUAAAGGUCGCUUGAAAGCAAACAUUUCAUUCUGGGAAAACAUUGGGGCUUCAAAUUGGGUUUUGGGAAUUAUUCGUAAUGGUUAUGCACUACCGUUUGUGGAACAACCACACGCAGCUGAGUUCACUAAUCACAAAUCAGUUGCACGUAACGAGGCUUUUGUGACUG